AAAAUACCUCAAACUGUUGGAAAAAAAUGAUAGAAGACUCUAGAAGCGGGAAACAAGACUUUCCAUAGACUCCACAUUCAUCGCAGUGUCGCACUCACAGUCUCACCCGAAAGAGAAGACACCAGAAGCUUUAGAUCGGAUAUAAAUAUACUCUAUCCUGCUUCGUCUUCCAUCUUUCUCUCGCGAAACGUCGCCUGUGCUCUGUUUUUGAACAAAACCUUACCUUUUUUCUUCUUCCCCAUUCCCCAAUUGAAACAGUCUUUUCUUUCAAACGUCUGAGUUUGAUCCGUCUGAGUAGCAAUGGCGGAUGUUCAGAUCGGAGAUGCGGAGACCUUCGCUUUCCAGGCUGAGAUCAACCAGCUACUGAGCUUGAUCAUCAAUACCUUCUACAGCAACAAGGAGAUCUUCCUUCGAGAACUCAUCAGCAAUGCCUCUGAUGCGUUGGACAAGAUCCGUUUUGAAAGUUUGACGGAUAAGAGUAAGCUUGACGCGCAGCCGGAGCUCUUCAUUAGGCUUGUUCCUGACAAGGCCAACAAGACCCUUUCGAUCAUUGACAGUGGCAUCGGGAUGACCAAAGCAGAUCUGGUCAACAACUUGGGGACAAUCGCGAGGUCAGGAACCAAAGAAUUCAUGGAGGCAUUGCAGGCAGGGGCCGAUGUGAGCAUGAUCGGACAGUUCGGUGUGGGGUUCUACUCGGCUUACCUUGUUGCCGAGAAGGUCAUAGUGACCACUAAGCACAACGACGACGAACAAUACAUCUGGGAGUCACAAGCUGGUGGAUCCUUCACUGUCACCAGGGACGUCAAUGGAGAACAACUGGGCAGGGGAACUAAGAUCACACUUUUCCUCAAAGAAGAUCAGUUGGAGUACUUAGAAGAGAGAAGGUUGAAGGACCUCGUGAAGAAACAUUCCGAGUUCAUUAGCUAUCCAAUCUACCUCUGGACCGAGAAGACUACCGAGAAGGAGAUAAGUGACGACGAAGACGAGGAAACGAAGAAAGAAGAGGAGGGUGAUGUCGAGGAUGUUGACGAGGACAAACAGACCAAGUCCAAGAAGAAGGUUAAGGAGGUGUCCCACGAAUGGCAACUCAUCAACAAGCAGAAGCCUAUUUGGCUGCGCAAGCCGGAGGAGAUCACAAAGGAGGAGUAUGCGUCUUUCUACAAGAGCCUGACCAACGAUUGGGAGGAUCAUCUUGCCGUCAAGCACUUCUCUGUGGAGGGGCAGCUUGAAUUCAAGGCCAUUCUCUUUGUGCCGAAGAGAGCACCGUUUGACCUCUUUGACACGAGGAAGAAGAUGAACAACAUCAAGCUCUACGUCCGAAGGGUAUUCAUCAUGGACAACUGCGAGGAACUCAUCCCCGAGUACCUGGGAUUCGUCAAGGGUGUUGUGGAUUCUGACGAUCUGCCACUCAAUAUAUCUCGUGAAAUGCUCCAACAGAACAAGAUUCUCAAGGUCAUUAGGAAGAACCUGGUGAAGAAGUGCAUUGAAAUGUUCACCGAGAUUGCUGAGAACAAGGAGGACUAUGCCAAGUUCUAUGAGGCGUUCUCUAAGAACUUGAAGUUGGGUAUCCAUGAGGACAGCCAGAAUAGGGCAAAGCUGGCUGAGUUGCUGAGGUACCAUUCUACAAAGAGCGGUGAUGAGUUGACGAGUUUGAAAGACUACGUGACCCGAAUGAAGGAGGGUCAGAAGGAUAUCUAUUACAUCACUGGUGAGAGCAAGAAGGCCGUCGAGAACUCUCCCUUCUUGGAGCGUCUAAAGAAGAAGGGUUAUGAGGUUUUGUUCAUGGUGGAUGCCAUUGACGAGUAUGCAGUCGGGCAAUUGAAGGAGUAUGAUGGAAAGAAGCUCGUGUCUGCCACCAAGGAAGGUUUGAAACUUGAUGAUGAGUCAGAGGAGAAGAAGAAAAAAGAGGAAAAGAAUAAGUCGUUCGAGAGCCUCUGCAAGACAAUCAAGGAAAUUUUGGGAGACAAAGUGGAGAAGGUAGUGGUUUCUGACAGGAUUGUUGACUCGCCCUGCUGUUUGGUUACUGGAGAGUACGGAUGGACUGCAAACAUGGAAAGGAUCAUGAAAGCGCAGGCGUUGAGGGACAACAGUAUGAGUGGUUACAUGUCCAGCAAGAAGACAAUGGAGAUCAACCCUGACAACGGCAUUAUGGAGGAGCUGCGGAAAAGAGCUGAGGCUGACAAGAAUGACAAAUCGGUGAAGGAUCUUGUGCUGCUACUCUUUGAGACCGCUUUGCUGACUUCAGGGUUUAGCCUUGAUGACCCCAACACUUUUGCUGCCAGAAUCCACAGGAUGUUGAAGUUGGGUCUGAGCAUUGACGAGGAGGAAACAGCUGCUGAUGACACCGAUAUGCCACCCCUUGAGGACGAUGGAAACGAGGAGAGUAAGAUGGAAGAAGUCGAUUAAGCAUGAAGAGUGAUGAGACUUUUGUGGAUAUGUGGGUGCGGUGUCUGACUAUAAUGGAAAGAAAGCGAUUGAGAGUUGGGAGGAAAACCCCCAACCCCCCUUUAUAGAGUCUACUGUUUUCUCUUAACAUUUUCAUUUUGUAGUUUGGUUUGGGGUGUUGGUAAAUCUGUGGUAGCAUUUCGUUAGACUGAAAUUCUAAUGCUGUGUACCCAUUUCAAUGUACCUCUUCAAUGUUAACAAUAGUUUUGGUUAGAUUUCAACUUCUUUAGUGUGGUUAUCGACAUUUGUACUCUAUUAUCUCUGAAUAUUACUCUUUCGUUGUCAAGA